AGUUUGAAGAUGAAUUUAGAAGAUAUCUUCCAAUUUAUAUUGAUAUGUUGAAGGAAGUGGAUGCAAUGGAAGACACUUUAGAGCAUGAUUAUUUAGACCGGGAUGUUCUGCUUCACAAAAUUGAACCCUGAAUUUAAAUUGAGGUAUGCCAUUUACAGUAGGGAGCAUCCUCAUUUGAUGGCCAUCUCAUAUAUGCGAAGACGAAAGUUUACUUCGACGACUCAAGUUAGAAAUCACAAAAUAAUGCACGAGAUUCUUAGCAAACUCAUUACUCUCACUCCAUACAUCAAGGGUUCUGACUGUCCUUAUAGGCUGAUUGAUGAUCUUGAACAAAAAUUUGGAAAAUCACUUAGCAUUUUUGAUCCUUAUGCUGUGGAAGACUCAGUUCAUUUCCUCUUCGAUUCUGUACUGUAUCUCUGGGAGCCUCAGUUUCAUCCUCUGAUCCGUGAAGAACUCAAGGAUUUACUUCUAUGGAUAAUUGGCCAGUUAACCAAAGCCAAAGAAUUUGAGCAAUUUAAGUAUGCUAUGGCUGAAGCUCAAUUACACAUGCACGAAGAGUAUGACCAUUAUUUGGGUUCUGGUAAACUGGAUGGUUAUAUCUAUGAGUCCAUGUCUUUAGAGGGCAUUUUUUAUGAAAAAGACAUUGACAGUUGGGCAGUGCCAGAUCAGUUUUUGCAUUUGGACCGUGAUCUUAUUAAAUUGUCUCUCAAGCGAAGAGCUGCAAUUGUGCAAUUGGACCAUCAAGUUCUCACAUAUUUGAGUGGUCUAAGAGGUCUUCUCGAAGAUGAUUUGCGUAAAGAACGCCUCACAAAUUUGUUGAAUGAGCUCGAAGUAUGUGGUUUUUUUGACAUCAACAAUCGCAGUAUCAACUGGGAGAAAAGGUGUUUCACAGAGCUUAUUGAUAAAGUCAGCAAUGAAGUUUUUGCUGAGCAUUCUCUUCCCAGACACUAUGUUAUCCGGGGCAUCAUUGAUUAUAGAACAAUAGCACUCUACAGGGACAAGUCUUGGCAAUCCUUCGAACAGGUUGGUGAAGCGUGCAACAGAUUGACCGCCUAUCUUCCUCAGUUUUGGAGAGACACACGACACUACAAGCAUAAAUUUUAUGACAUUGUUCGAGAACCCUUAGAAAAGGUCUUCAUCUAGGGUGAAGGUCAUUGGUGCCAACUAACCCUAAUUCUUGACAUGCUCUUCAAGGCUCACAACAUCUGGAACCAUCAUGCUUUUCUUUUACUAAUCGACUCCUGCCAUAUUGGUGCUGUAAAUACAAGUACUUUCUGCGAUCUUGGUAGCUGCCAGUACAAGUACUUUCUAAUAUUUGGUUAAAAUUGUAAUAUCCCUUUUGUUUGAGGGCAAUUGGUGGCAGAUGAACUGCUUCGCUCUCUAGCCCACCCUGGUGGCUGCAGCAUUGACAAUGACCACCUCGGCAAGGAAUGCCUGGGAAGCCUUUGUUAGAUGUGUGGUAUGCGAAUGAUUGUAAUGUAUAAACUGAGAUGGUUUCUUGAGUAGAGAAUCUCUCUAUAAGAAAAGUGUACCGAUAUGAACAGUCUGAAUACUAAUCCUAUCUGGGAAAUGUUUUGAGCCA